AAAGAAGGCGAAAGACUGUAUUACUGUAUUGGUUUAUUUUUCUUAACUUUAUCGGACAAUACAUAAUAGUUUAAGUAAUCUGUUUCGACGAGAGAGUGAACAAGCAACCCCUGAACAUGUAAAACUUCCCUCGGGAUUCAAUGAAUACACGGAGAAACGCGCCGAGCGCACAAAGCAGAUUAAGCGUCAUAUUUCCGCUGGGCAGUGAAAACAGCAGGAGGCCAGUCGCCGCACUCGGUCGGAGUCUUUCCGGGUCCGAGCACUGCGGUGUUGUUCCGAACGACGACCAUGAGAGCGUGAGUGUUUAUUUUCUGUCACAGCUUUAAAACAAAACAAAAAAGAGAAAGAAAUCGCCAUGAAAGACGUGUGGUCAUCGGUUCUGUUGCAGUCGACCAGCACCACCAAACAACAACAAUAACAGCGACGGCUCCUCUUGAUGUCUGCUUCCCAGUGAGACCGGCAGGGUCCGGUUCCCCUCGGAGGGCGUCGACGUUUUUUUAUUGUGUGUUUAUAUACCAUCGGAAAUAACAGCAACAGCCGCUGCGGCAACAUCAGCAACAGGGGCGACAUUCCAAGGAGGAGCAUCCUCCAGGGGUGUUUAUUAUAGGAGAGGACGCGCCACAAGACCGGGACUCGAGUCACAGACGGACAAGAGCAAACAUGUUCGAGGCCAGAGGAAUCCCGUUUGUCCUGCUCGACCUCGCCUGCCUUAUUCUCGCCGGACUUCCAUUUGUAAUAUUGAAUGUGCAACACAGUCCCUUCCGCCGAGGCUUUUUCUGUAACGAUGAUUCAAUCAAGUACCCCUAUAAAGAGGACACCAUUUCCUAUCAGUUGUUAGGAGGUGUUAUGAUUCCCGUCACAGUACUCACUAUGAUCUUUGGCGAGUGCCUUUUAGUGUAUCUCAAGCGCAUCAAAUCCAAGUCCUCUUUCGGCAGCUAUGUCGCCUGUGUUUACAAAGCCGUCGGCACCUUCCUUUUUGGUGCCGCCAUGAGCCAGUCUCUGACCGACAUAGCCAAGUAUUCUAUUGGCCGGCUCAGGCCGCACUUCCUGGAUGUGUGCAAACCCGAUUGGAGACUUAUCAACUGUUCGUUGGGGGCUUACAUCGAAGACUUCACCUGCACGGGAGACGCGAAGAUGGUCAAUGAGGGCAGGUUGUCCUUCUACUCCGGCCACUCCUCUUUUUCCAUGUACUGCAUGCUGUUCCUGGCUCUCUACCUGCAGGCAAGACUCCAGGCCGAAUGGGCGAGAUUGCUGAGACCCACAAUCCAGUUCUUCCUGAUUGCUGCCUCAGUGUACACUGGGUUUUCAAGGGUGUCAGAUUAUAAACAUCACUGGAGUGACGUGCUGACUGGGCUCCUGCAAGGUGCCCUAAUGGCUAUCCUGGUGGUCUUCUUUGUGUCCGACUUUUUCAAGCCUCACGCAGAUCCCCGUAAAGAAGCGGACAUCCCCCACACACACCUGCAGGAGACCCCAACAAAUGGAAACCACUUUGAGAGUCCCAACUAAGCUAAUCGAGAGGUGGAGGACGAAGACCUCUGCUCUGUUCAAACGCACACCCAGGAUUCCCAGCUCUCUAGCCUUCCAUUUCACGCAAAUUCUCAUCCGAUAUCCUGCAUGGAUUUACAGUGUACUUGAUUCUGCACUUCAAGGAAGCUACUGUGUGGCUGUGCAUCCCAGAAGAAGCUUUUGGAAGCUACACCUCAGGCCUGUACUGAUUUUAAGACUUUAUAAUUUUAGACAAUUUGAUGUCUUUGUCCAACCAUCCUACAUCUGGAAGGAAAGAGUUGAGACUACCUGUCCAAACCUUGCAGAUGCAUUCAUGUCACUGAGACAGAUUUGAGUUAGGGGCUUGAGAUUCUGUAAGGACAGGAACCAACAGUUUAUUCGUGUAUCUAUCUACUGAGCUAGUGGGAAGACUUAACUACAUGCACCCACUAAAGGGUCUGACCACUGCUGGGAGAGAGACAGGAGGGUUGGAGACCUGUGAAUGUAACCUUGCUUUGUGCUUUUCCCGACCUGGAGACGGUCUUGUUCGAGCAUCUGAUUUAGGAUCAGUUUUUAAGGUCAAAUCCAGCAUCCAGAGAGAGAGAGAGAGAGAGUCUCAUAACUUUGCUGCCUUGAGUCCAAAGUCAGUUAAAGGGCUAAUUAUAAGAGGAAUGUUUGCUUCUCAAGAAGAGCUGGAGACAAAAGCUGAUCCUGAACCAGAGUUAGCAACGCUGCUUCACGUCUGGAGCUGCUGACUCCAGGUCACGGUCGUCUUAUUCUCCAACUGUCUAACCUCAUAUAGUCGAGGAUGAAGCUUGACGCGUAUCACGUUUGGUUAGAGAGUUGAAGAGGUGACGGUCAGUUUAAGUCCUGUGUUGCCUUUGCUGGACUGCUGCUAUCACAGCUCCCUGUGUAUGUAAUGAUAAUAUAAGUGAACAGACAACAGUGUACUCUUGUGUAAUCUGUAUGUUAAAAAGAAAUCACCAUACAGAAUUUUAUUUGAAAAAAAAAAAAGGUCACAAAUAUGUACAAAAUAAUGUAUGUACUAAAAUAUUAAGAAAAAAAGGAAAAAUAAAGCCAUCUUACUUAUUAACACGAACACUAAAAAAAUGUCACUGUUUCAUGUAUUCUGUCAAUUAAAUUGUGUUGUUGUUUUUCACCAAAAUAACUUCUCAUAUAUUACGACCACUUUGCUCGUGUAAGCAAAAUAAAAGCAUGAACCUUUGA